ACUCUUUGAUUCAAUUUCCAUCAGAGUAGGGAUAUACUCUGGACCAUCCUGUGCAUACAGAAUACAUAAUACACUCAUUCAUAUCUCUUAUACCUUAGAACUAGUACCCACCCCAAUCUCGAUUCUACACCUACCAGUUAAUCUUGAGAUUUUGCUGUUUUCCCUGUUAUUUUUGAAGCAAACUUAAAUCUGGGAUCUUCAAAAGCAUAUUUGUACUGGUUUGGCCAACAUGUCUAAACUUAUUCCAAAUGCCCCACAUGACACUCGUUCACACGAAGUGUUGGCAGAAUUAGAGUACGGGAAACUUACUUCCAACGAUUAUCUCUAUGUAUCCAAACAUCCAGUUGGAGAAGCACUUCCUGAACCAAUUGAUGAUGAACCACAAUAUAUCAUUUACAUCGCCACAUACGUCAACUAUCUCAUUUUAAUCAUCAUAGGACAUAUUAGAGAUGCAUUCGGUAAGAUUUUUAAACCUCAAGAUUAUAAAGAUUUGGUUGAAGAAAAUGGAUAUGCUCCAUGGUAUGAUGGAUUUGAAAACUUUUAUGUUCGUCGGUUGAAGCUUAGAAUAGAUGAUUGUUUUGCUAGACCAAUCCAUGGUGCUCCAGGUAGAUAUAUUAAAUGUUUUGACAGAGUCCGUGCUGACAAGAAUGGUGAAUACACCUACACUGGUACAUCAACUGAAUGUUUGAAUUUGUCAUCAUACAAUUACUUGGGAUUUGCACAAUCCCAAGGUGUAUGUACUGAUUAUGCUCUUAAUACUACCGAUGCUUAUGGUACUUCUGGUUGUUCUGCUAGACUGAUUACUGGCUCAACUGAUCUUCAUCGUCAAUGUGAGGAAGUUAUUGCUGGGUUUGUUGGAAAGGAAGCUUCUAUCAUUGUCAGUCAAGGUUACGGUACCAAUGCCAACCUUUUUGCAUCUCUUGUCGAUUCCAAGUGUCUUGUUAUUAGUGACGAAUUGAAUCAUGCUUCGAUUCGUUUCGGGGUUAGAAUGAGUGGAGCUGUUGUCAAGGUGUUUAAGCAUAAUGAUAUGGAUGCAUUAGAAAGAUUACUUAAACAACAAAUCUCUCAAGGUCAACCAAAAUCUCAUCGUCCAUGGAAGAAAAUUAUCAUUGCUGUUGAAGGGUUAUACUCUAUGGAAGGUAACAUGUGUAACUUGCCAAAGCUUGUAGAAUUGAAGUAUAAAUACAAAUGUUACUUGUUUGUUGAUGAAGCCCACUCCAUUGGUGCAUUGGGACCUCUGGGACGUGGUAUUUGUGAUUACUUUUCCGUACCACCAUCCGAUAUUGAUCUUCUUAUGGGUACUCUUACCAAGUCAUUCGGUGCUACUGGUGGGUAUAUUGCUGCUGAUAAACAAAUCAUUGAUAAAUUGAGAUUGAAUUAUUUGAGUAAUUCCUACAGUGAAAGUGUUCCACCUCCAGUUUUGGCACAAAUCAUUUCUUCCCUUCGUGUCAUUGAAGGUUCAUUGAACCCUGGUGAAGGUCAAGAAAGACUUCAAAGAAUCGCAUUUAACUCCAGAUACCUUCGUUUAGGAUUAAAGAAACUUGGUUUUAUCGUGUAUGGUGCUGAUGACUCUCCAGUCAUCCCACUUCUUUUAUUUUUACCAGCUAAGAUGCCUGUUGUUUCAAGAAUCUUAUAUGACAUGAAGAUUGCAGUAGUCAUUGUUGGAUAUCCUGCAACCCCAUUAACAAGUUCUAGAGUCAGACUUUGUGUUAGUUCAGCACUUACCAAGGAAGAUUUGGACUAUGUAUUGGAAAAAUUCAGUUACAUUGGGGAUUUAGCAUUCUUAAAGUAUAGCAGUGGUAUAGCUGGUGGAUGUAAAGUUCCCGGUGAAGCACCAAGAUGGGCUAUUGAAGAUGUUAUUGCUACUAAUGUCGAAGACUCUAAGAAACCAAAGUUGCCAUAAUAAAAUAAAGGCUCUUUCACCAUAUGCUAUGUAUCUAGAUAAUAAUAAAGUAAUAUAAUAACGACGAAAUUUGAAUGGCAAAUGUAGGAUAAUAUG